AGAGAGGCAGCGAGCGAGUGAGUGAGCAAGAAACAGCGAGAGAGUGAGAGAAAAAGAGAGAGAACUGCAGCCAGGAGAACUAGAUCAGAUUGCAAAGAUUGAUAGAGGGGCUGUUCAGCUAAUAAGCAGAGUUAAUUUUCUCUCUUUAAUUCUCCAGUUGUAUGGGAAACGUGACGAGGGACUUAAAUGUGUCUAAAGAUUGUGACUGAAUAGAAGUGCUGAAGGAGUUCAUAAGAUGGGGAUACAAAGCCUUUUUUCACAUUUGGAAGUUCUCAGAUACCUUUUUUACGCCCAGCAGCAGAGGACAAACUGAGGACGGAGUGAUUCAGUCAGAAAAAUAAAAGUCACCAGUUUUUCAUCGUUUUUGUCUUUGUGGGGACCGACUGACACCUGGUGCAUUUAUUGUAUGUGCAAUGUAUGUCGGGGAAACUCCCUGACUGAAACCAACAGAGGAAGGAUAGAAAACAGAAAUAGAGAUCAACAAUGAAGAAAUUCAAAGGGUUUCUGUGCCUGUGGCUCAAAAGGAUGGAGUGGUUCUACCCUUAGGAAUCACAGAGAGAGAGAGACCACCUCUGGUGGCUUAAACUCAGAGGGAAGAAUGAUGCUUCAGUUUGGCUAGCUGGUAUAUGAACUAGGAGGAUACUGUAUUUCAGCUCUAAAGUGGGGGAAGAAAAGACCAGGUGGAUAAUAUAAGGCAGUGGUCUGCCAAGAGUACAACACCCAAAAGCACACCUCCACCUUCACCUUCUGAGAUGGGGCUCUGGCAGUGAUACCCCUGGGAAGGGCCUUUGAGUGAUCACACAUUGGGACUCAAGGAUUUCCCACUUACUCCGACACUGCAGCCCGGCCUACGUGGCCAGCAUGAGCGUUGGGCGGAUCAACCGUUACAGCAUCGUGUCGUCCGAGGAGGAGGCACUGCGCCUCACCAAUAUGCACAGCAGCAGCGGUGGCGGCAUGAACGGCUUCGGCAACGGCAAGAUCCACACACGCCAUAAGGUCCGCAACCGCUUUGUCAAGAAGAAUGGCCAGUGCAACGUGCAGUUCGCCAACAUGGAGGACAAGUCAUCUCGCUACAUGGCCGACCUUUUCACCACGUGCGUGGACAUCCGUUGGCGCUACAUGCUGGUGCUGUUCACACUGGUGUUCGUGCUGUCCUGGCUGGCCUUUGGCCUGGCCUUCUGGGUUAUAGCAUUGCUCCACGGCGACCUGGACAACCCAGCCGGAGACGACAACUUCACACCUUGCGUCCUGCAGGUCAACGGCUUCGUGGCCGCCUUCCUGUUCUCCAUCGAGACCCAGUCAACCAUCGGCUACGGCUACCGCUGCGUGACAGAGGAGUGUCCGGUCGCCGUGUUCAUGGUGGUCUUCCAGUCCAUCAUUAGCUGCAUCAUCGACUGCUUCAUGAUCGGCGCCAUCAUGGCCAAGAUGGCAAGGCCCAAGAAACGUGCGCGGACACUACUGUUCAGCCACAACGCAGUGAUCUCUUUGCGCGACAGCAAGCUGUGCCUCAUGUGGAGGGUGGGGAACCUAAGGAAGAGUCACAUCGUAGAGGCCCAUGUCAGAGCUCAGCUCAUCAAACCCCGGAUCACUGACGAAGGGGAGUAUAUCCCCCUGGACCAAGUAGACAUCAAUGUGGGCUUUGACAAAGGCCUGGACAGGAUUUUCUUGGUUUCUCCCAUUACGAUUAUCCAUGAGAUCAAUGAGGAUAGUCCACUCUAUGGGAUCAGGAAAAAUGACCUGGAUACGGCGGAUUUUGAGAUUGUGGUCAUACUGGAAGGGAUGGUCGAGGCAACCGCCAUGACCACGCAGGCCCGCAGCUCCUACCUGGCCACGGAGGUACUGUGGGGUUACCGGUUCGAGCCAGUGCUCUUCGAGGAGAAGAACCUGUACAGGGUGGAUUACUCUCACUUUCACAAGACCUACGAGGUACCGUCCACCCCGUGCUGCAGUGCCAAGGACAUGGUGGAGAACAAGUUCCUGGUGCCCACCUCCAACUCCUUCUGUUACGAGAACGAGCUGGCCUUUCUCAGCCGGGAUGAGGAUGAGGAAGAGGAGGUGGUGGGCAUGGGCAUGGGCAUGGGCAGUGGUUCGUUCAGAGCGUUGGCCAACCUGAACAGUCCGGGGCGGAACAAUCGACACGAAUUUGAGCGGCUACAGACCACCAGGGGACUGGACCAAAGGUCGUACCGCAGGGAGUCGGAGAUAUGACCUCUGCACUACCUGGGGUCAACUUCGAUAAGUUGUCUUUCCUUCCAAGGGUAAAAAUGCAGAACAGUGCGCAGUGCCAUAGGAAAAGCUGUCUACUGUAAUAGGAUGUAAAGUACAUGAGGGGACAGUGAAAGGGCAAGCGGGACACUGGAAAAAGUGGAUGCUAGCAAACGUACGCAGCAUGCAAAACUGUGGUAAAGAAUGUCCACAGGACCACAACAAAAGGAAAAGGCCAGCGAAGGACAUUGUUCCUUCAUGGAAACUUGAAUCUUCAUUUUUUCAUUUGAGUUGAGAGUGUUUAAUGAUGCAUCGAACAGGUAUAAUGACAAGACCAAAUAAUCAGGACCCAGGUGUAAAUAUUAUUGCUUAGAUAAGUUAUGUUUCAUGUGGAGUAUUAUUUAAAAAAACAUAUUUAAAAAAUGAUUUUUAGCUAGUUCAAGUUGCUAUUGGGCACAAAUGGCAGCGUUACAGUUUAAAGCUACAUAUAAGCUUCCCACAUUGCUGGAAUUCACAAUCGCUGGAACUGAGUUCGGUGACACGUUGAAAAUUCCUGUAAAAGUGCACUGCAACAUUCAGAAGCAAUGAGCCAUGCUAAAUGAUCUAACCAUCCACGAGCCACUGAUGCACAACACAGUUUCACAACGUGGACUUCAUUUGAACCCUUUGUGAUGAAUAGAUAUCAUUUGCACUACAAGCAGAACGUAAGAGUAGGCCCUAUAGUAAUGCAAUACAUUCAUUUUAGAACGGGCAAUACAUUUUAUUGUUCAUUUUGAUACCCCUUGCAUAAAACAUUAAAAUAACACAGGAUUAUUCUGACCUCAACAAAGUUUGAAACAACUAAGUUGUUGAUAUGGAAAAUAUCAUUUACAUUUCAUCAUUAUUUUGAUUAUUCUCUUUACAACGAAUCUAUGCACAUCAUUAAUGUUAUCAGGAGACAGAAACUCAAUGGAGAUGAUGCAAUCCAAUCAUCAUUGCAUAAUUCUACAAAGAGAACGGGUUUGAUGAAAGUAUGUCUGAACUCAAUGAGAAUUGAAGGGCUUCACAUGUAAAAAGCAUUUACCCUCUAUUACACUGCAUGACCAAAAGUAUGUGGACACCUGCUCAUUGAGCAUCUCAUUCCAAAGUCAUGGGCAUUAAUAUGGAGUUGGUUCCCCCUUUGCUGCUAUAACAGCCUCCACUCUUCUGGGAAGGCUUUCAAAUAGAUGUUGAAACAUUGCUGCAGGGACUUGCUUCCAUUCAGCCACAAGAGCAUUAGUGAGGUCGGGCACUGAUUAGGCGUUCGAUGGGGUUGAGGUCAGGGCUCUGUGCAGGCCAGUCAACUUCUUCCAUACCGAUCUCGACAAACCAUUUCUGUAUGGACCUUGCUUUGUGCAUGGGGGCAUUGUUAUGCUGAAACAGGAAAGGGCCUUCCCCAAACUGUUGCCAUGAAGUUGGAAGCACAGUUGGAAGAUUUCCAUUCACUGGAAUUAAGUGACCUAGCCAGAACCAUGAAAAACAAUCCCAGACCAUUACUCCUCCUCCACCAAACUUUACAGUUGGCACUAUGCAUUCGGGCUGGUAACGUUCUCCUGGCAUCCGCCAAACCCAGAUUUGUCUGUCGGACUGCCGGAUGGUGAAGUGUGAAUCAUCAGUCCAGAGAAUGCGUUUCCACUGCUCCAGAGUUCAAUGGCGGCGAGUUUUACACCCCUCCAGCUGACGCUUGGCAUUGCGCGUGGUGAUCUUAGGCUUGUGUGCGGCUGCCCAGCCAUGGACUUGCACUGAUGUUGCUUCCAGAGGCAGUUUGAAACUCAGUAAUGAGUGUUGCAACCAAGGACAGACCAUUUGUACGUGCUCGGCGGUCCCGUACUGUGAGUUUGUGUGGCCUACCACUUUGAGCCUGAGCCGCUGUUGCUCCUAGACAUUUCCACUACACAUUAACAGCAUUUACAGUUAACAGGGGCAGCUCAAGCAGUGCAGAAAUUUCACGAACUGAUUUGUUGGAAAGGUGGCAUCUUAUGACAGUGCUGAAAGUCACUGAGCUCUUCGGUAAGGCUAUUCUACUGCCAUUGUUUUCUACAGAGAUUGCAUAGCUGUAUUUCCUUGAUUUUAAACACUUUCAUCAAUGGGUGUGGCUGAAAUAGCCGAAUCCACUAAUUUGAAGGGAUGUCCACAUACUUUUGUAUAUAUAGUGUAUCUUUAUAGUAAAUAGCAAUUUUUGUAUGUUAUAAAAUCACUUUUGAUAGCUAAGUUCAACUAAUAUGAGGUGCAUGCAGAAAGAAUGUGACUUUACCAGGUAAAUGAUUGUGAGUUAAGUUUUACUUUGCACAAAGACUGUCAUCAAUAUAUUCCUAAUGGCCUACAAAGGUUAUGCGUGUGGGACACGCGGUGCCCUUAUCAUGUUAAAAAUUUUCAUCCAAUUAUUUUAGAAAAAUAUGGGCAAGCUUUUAAAAAACACUAUCAAGCACAAGAAACUAUCUGUGAUAUGGUGAUUUGAUUCCAUCACACCUAAGACGCAAUAGGUUUACAUGAUCAGUUGGACAGCCAAUACGAAAAGCAAUAAUACUGAAAUGCACCUUCCUAUUAUUUAGUCAACAUAAUUGACGAUUGGCACAAAGCUCCGUUUUAUUUCUGGAUACCACUUCUUGAGUCUCAAUAUUUAUUUUGUGGUGCACCUGUUAGAUAACAGCACCACACUCAUUUCUCUGACUGAUGUUUUGAGUUUGAGUUACAUAGACAUCCUUCAUUCUUCGUUUACUGGAGUGCUCUCCUAAGUUAGAUAACUCAAGAGGUUGCUGAGCAGCUGAGUUACGUUUGAUUUGGUACAACAUUAUAUGAAGAAUGAUAUGGACAAAAUUAUUUGUAAGGAGUGUUGUUGAUAUGGAAUCUUACACCCACAGCGCACAGACGUGAAUUCAACAUCUAUUCCACAUUGGUGUGGAACAACGUUGAUUCAACCAGUGUGUGCCCAGUGGGAAGCUACCGAAACGGAACUUGAAAUUCGAAUUGGACAAUGAUGCUUUGGACUGGAAGUAACAAGAGUAGUCAUAAUUGAGAAAGGUAAAAAGUGUCUUGAAUGUAAAUAAUCUAGGUUCAACUUCAAGCACAAUACCAAACAAAACAUUUCUAAAUGGGGGCGGCAGGUAACCUAAUGGUCAGAGUGUUGGGUCUGUAAUAAAAAAGUUACAGGAUCGAAUCCCCGAGCUGACAAGGAAAAAUUCUGUCUUUCUGCCCCUGAGCAAGGCAGUUAACACACUGGUGCCGUGGAUGUCAAUUAAGCCAGCCCCCUACACCUCUCUGAUUCAGAGGGGGUCGGGUUAAAUGCGGAAUACACAUUUCAGUUGAAGGCAUUCAGUUGUACAACUGACUCGGUCUCCCCCUUUCCCUUAAAACCAAAUAAAUGUAUUAUUUUAGUAUGUACAGAUUUGUUUUUGUCUUCGUUACAAUAAAUUGAGUAGUUUCAUCAGUAUCUAAGUAAAACUAAGGUGCAUGACAGACACAUUUGAAUAUUUGGCAUGAAUCGUAGAAUUUGAAAUGUCAUUUAUGCCUACACAUAAUGCACUGCUCUACGAAAUAGCAUACCAUUUAUUAUGCUGUGUCAUGGAGUUAAUGUCCCCUAAGAUACUACUUUUCUCUAUUUCCUCUGACACCAAAAUCACUGCCCUUCAAAGCAAGAAAACAACUAUGAGAUAGUCAUUCAGCUGGCUACAGUGACUGAUAUUUUCCUAGUGGUCCUGUUAUCCCUUGGGUAUACUUUGCUCUAAAUAAUCCUACAUCGUGUGUUUGCUUUUUGCUUUUUUUAAGAAAAGAGAGAUUUUUUGGGAGAUGAAUGAAACCUUUUCGUCCCAAUCCAUUCACUUUAUGCUCAUUGCCUUCUGGGAAGGUUCUGGUAUCCCAUGUAUGACACCUUUGUACCUACUUACAAUGUUUCAGUGGUAUCCAUGGUAAAGCAUAAUCAGCUUCUAUGCUGCAUCAUCGGAAUGAAAAGUUCCGUCAUGCCUUUUUAUUUUUAUUUUUUCCGGAAGGAUUUUAUUCCGUUUGAAUGUUACCCAAUCUGACCCCAUCAAAACAGAGAAGGCACGAGCAAUACACAUGUAUCAAAAGUGCACAAAGUCAACUAAGUAUAUUAGGUAACAGCUAAACAUACACAGAAAUCAACACAUCUAUUUUUAUAUCAAGUUGUUUUUAAUAUGACAGUAUUUCCUUGAGAUACAGUAUAACAAGGUCAUCCAUAUUUAUCAAUUUUGUACCAGAAAAAAAGUCAGAAAAUCACAUUGUUUUUCAUUUCAGCGUUUGAUUAAAUGGGUAUUUCUCUUAAAGGGAUGAUUAGAAAACAUUUGACCUCUGUAGAAGUCUUUCUAUGGCCCAGGUGAAGAAAUGUGUCCUGGGCCUUUUAUUUUAAUGGAUAAUGCAAAGCAAAUUAAAUUAUUCAAUUAAAACCUAAUUGUA